AUGGGUAUUGCUAAUUUCCUCGGUCCAUUAAUAAAAAAGAAGAAGGUGCACCAUACAAAAAACGUAGUAGCAGUAGAAGAAGAUAUGUACGGCUUUUAUAAGCGUAUUGAAAGGCAGAGCAGAGUGAAGAAGAAUUACUUGAAUGAAAAAUUAAGAGUAAUUGUAGUGGAUUGGUUGAUACAAGUUCAUAUGGAUUUCGGUUUUGAGCAGGAGACUCUGUUUCUUGCUGUCAACGUUGUUGACCGCUUUCUGUCGUCGGUGGUUGUUUCGGUGUCUGAGUUGAAGCUGGUGGCUAUGGCGGCGUUAGUCAUAGCCUGCAAAUAUGAAGGGAAACGGUUCCCUUCUGCUGUAGAAUUCCAAGACAUGAUCCCAGAAACUUACUUCACAUGCUUAUUUGAGGCUUCUUUCACUCAAGAAGAAAUCAAUUCCAUGGAAGAGAAAAUCCUAAACAAGUUGGUAUGGAAGAUUAUGGUUCCAACCAUCCAUUCUUUCUUGGUCGAACUUCUUGGAUCUUUUGGGAUUACUGACCGACUCUUGAAGAACAUGGCUUUCUAUUUUGGGGAACUUGCGAUGAACGAUUAUGCUACAACUACCAUGCAUUCGCCGUCCAUGAUUGCUGCCUCUGCCAUCCACGCAGCGCGAUCCUGCAUGCUUGAAAUAAGCCAUGGCAGGGAGUGGGCCAAAACUCUUCAAAAGACUGGUUAUUCCAAGCGAGAUAUCGCUUCUUGUGCUAAAAUGCUUCUGCGAUUAGCUAAGAUGACUGCGCGUGGGAUGCCGAACAAAAAGGUUUUUGAGAAAUACUCUGACACUACAUGGGAUGCAGUUGCUCUGAUACCUUAA